GCCACGGCACGCACCGCCGCCGCGCGGGGGGACCGGCCGUCCUCCUCCAGCCGCUCUGCCCGGCCCUGGGGAGGGGUUACCCGCCCCGCCCGGGAUGCGGGAUGCUCCGACAGCUCGAGGGGGGCUCAAGGCGCCAGCACGUGUCACCUGCCUGGGGAUGAGCAUUGCAAGGAUGAGCACUUCCACAUUUGCUUUCCUGUCCCUUCCCAGCUCGGUGUGCUGCUGUGAGCACCGGGUGCCCUGCCAGCACCCCCACUUCGCCCCGUAUCAUUCUGUCCUGGCUCCAUCCCACCCCGUGUGGGCGUGUGGCUGGUUCCUGCCAGGUCCCCCCGGUAGCCCCCUCCCCAGGAGGGUGACGUUUGAGGGAUGCAUGCGUGGAACUGACCACCUGCUUCACCCCCAGGCCGAGGAGGUGGCACAGGAGGCUGUGGAAGAGCCGCUGGUUGAGCCGCUGCUGGAGCCGGAGGGGGAGAGCUACGAGGAGUCCCCACAGGAGGAAUACCAGGAAUACGAGCCAGAGGCAUAAUGGAACCCUGUCCUUGCCUCUUCCACCAGCAGCACAACGAACCGCCGGUAGCCCCCUGCUCCUCCCCAGCUGGCCCCAGCCAGUGCCCACGUGCCGGGGAGGAGCAGGGUUGCCCCUGCCCCGUUCGCUCACAAGUUCUUCCUCCAGUUCCGUUCCAAGGGACCAUGUCCAUGUCUCCGUACCGUGUCUAGCAGUGAGAACCCGCUGUGUCCGAGCCCUGCAGCCUCAGCGUGUGCCCAAGCCGUGGGCACUGCCCGCAGGGGCUGCUGUGUGUGUGUGCGUGCGAGUGUCUGUGGUGCCCGGGCUUACAGCUCUGUCUCCCUCCCAGCGCCGUAAGCCCCGGCUGCGUCCCGGUGUGUCUGUGUGUGUACAAAGCAUGUUUACCUGCGCGCGGGCUGCUGUACAUUUUGCUUGCAUGCGUGUCCCUGUGGUUCUGCUCUGGUCAUCGUGGAACUGUUUUUGGGUUUUUUUUUUUUAGGUUUUUUUUUUUUUUUAAUAUAUCUAUCUCUAUCUAUGGGUGGACGGGUCUUUUGCCUUUGUGAGCCCUCGGUGUCCAAGCCCGCUCCCCAGCCUGCUGGGUGGAGACGGUGCCUGCACCCUCCCCGAGGUCCUGUAGUGCUGACGCUGUGUUGUGACGUGGCAUGGAUAUCCCCCCGCCCUCGUUGCUGGAUGUGCAAUACGAGUGCAGCUGCCAGUGACACAGCUGCCACCGUGUCCAUGAAUAAAGCCAACUCUUGUCUGUAGCCCCCUGGUGCUGGUUGUGGGGUCCCUUGGUCUGUUCCCCGCUUUGGUGGUG